UGACAGACAAGUUCACGGAGAGCAUGUACGUCCUGGCCAACGAGCCUUCCGUGGCCCUCUACCGGCUGCAGGAGCACGUCCGCAGGUCGCUGCCCGAGCUGGCCCAGCACAAGUCUGACAUGCAGAGCUGGGAGGAGCAGAGCCAAGGAGCCAUCUACACCGUGGAGUACGCCUGCAGUGCCAUAAAGAACAUGACUGACAGCAGUGUGUACUUCAAGAGCAUCGACAGCCUGCUGAAGCAUGCCAUAGCCAUGAAGGACCAGCUGAAUGCUGCCCAGGGCCGCAGCACUGCUGCCCCACAAGCCAAGAAUCCCCCAACCAGUUCCUGA